GUCAGCAAUCACUUUAUUUGGAAAUGAAGUUUAACAGACAGUUUGAUAAAUCAUUAUUUUCAUCUAAAGUAUUCAUUUAAAUUCAAAUAUGACAUUCAUAUCAAUUUUACAGAAAUAUGUAUUUCCUUUUCUACUUGCAACCGACGUUUUCAAUCCGCUGAAUACAGGGCAUUUAAAAUCACACUAUGACUACAUAAUUGUUGGUGCUGGAUCGGCAGGAAGCGUCAUUGCAUCUCGUCUGUCUGAGGAUCCUUGCGUGAGUGUUUUACUUUUAGAAGCUGGACCUAAGGCUCAAGUUUUGACCGAAGUUCCUUUGGCCGGUAUGGAAAUAGGGGGAACAAUAAAUGACUGGAAUUACAAGACAGUUCCACAAAAAUUUGGUGCUUUUGCUUAUCCAAACCACCAAAUGACUAUGCCCCGUGGUAAAGGAUUGGGUGGUUCAAGCAUAAUAAACUACAUGUUGUACGUGAGAGGUAAUAAGAGAGAUUACGAUCGAUGGGCUGAUAUUGGUUGUGAAGGAUGGUCUUGGAAAGAUGUAUAUCCCUACUUCUUGAAAUCAGAAGACAAUACCGAUCCGGCAGUACUCCGCGAUG